AUGAGAGCCUUAUCGACAGUAGGCAUGCGCCGGAGCGUGUCAUUAAAUUUCAUUUUAACCUUUUUCUUCGUUUUCACGGCUCUGUUGCAGGUCAUCGGUGCUGAGAAGGUGGUUCGGAAAUCCGCGUAUCCAGGGAGUUCUGCUUCGAGAAAUGCGGCCGAAAUCAAUAAACAAUUAGACGAGACUUUGUCGGAGAAAGAAACGCAGCUGGCGAAGGGGCAAAUCAUUCCACCGAGUUCUUAUCAAACAUCCGACAAAAGACGACGUUCACUUGCCAAAGAAGAUAUUGAGAAUGCAGGAAGCAGGGGUCCGUCUGUUGAGAGUUAUGCUGGGGAUGUUCCAAGCCCAAUCAAACCCGAGGAUUCGCUGGCGACAAUGGCCAACCCGAUUGUCAAUCCACCUUCAACUCUUUUUGAACAAGUGGAAAACAGUCCUCGGCCCGUUGAUCCAUUCACUGGCACAAUGAGAUCGCUGUCAGAUUGGAAAUUGGAGGACCUAUAUAUCGCCAUUACCAUGAAUGGAAAUAUCACAGCGUCGAAUCGAACAACCGGGGUUCCUCUUUGGAAUGUUACAAGUAGCCCUCUUUGGAAUGUCACACGCCAUGUCCAGCUCGACGAUGACAAUGACAAUGAUCUCGAUUGGAUAAUCGAGCCAGGAAAUGGCGGAUCUCUGUACUCACACUCUCUUACCAACGGUUUGCAAAAGGGUGCACUCCAAUCUAUGAAAUAUAUUUGUGAUCAUUCGCCUUACCAGGCUAGAAAUGGGAUGAUUUUACGGGGCACUAAAGACACCGAUAUUUACACCAUCAAUCCCUUGACCGGGAAAUUCCUCUCUACUAGUAGUGGUAGUAUCUCAAACGGACUACCAGACAAGUGCAUAAAACGAACUAGACUAGAAGGCCUAGACGACGACGACGACGAAGAGUGUACCCCCCGCAAAGUUAGCCUUGCGCGAACAGAUUAUACCGUCGAUAUCUCGCAUGAAGAUAAGGGGCGGUUGUGGACUUUGAGAUAUACUGAGUGGGGUAUUGGCUCGCAGAACGUCGAUCUUGAGAAGCAAUAUAAAGUUAGCUUGGACAAUAAAUAUUUCUUUCCCUUGCCAGGCGGUGGGCUCGUUUGCCGUGACAUUGUCGAAGAUAAACGAAAGUUCAGGGCAAGCUACGAAGAGGCUGUUGCCCAAAUAUUCGAUCUGGCUAGGAAUGUUCAUGACGAAAGCCUUGUGCUCCUACCACAUCCGAAAGCACCAUCGCAAGAUCACGGAAGAAGGAUACUAGCCAGCCUGGAGGGAGGAAAUGGUGUUUUCGCUUUGCCAGAUUUGUCGGAAGAUGGAAAUGGCCUUUCCGACGCAGCUACUCUCCCAAACAACAAAUGGUUUUCAAUGGGCUUGAAGGAGCGCCGAGACGCUCUUCAAGGGAGGCGUACCAUCAAGGGUUUUCAGCUCCGAGUUCCAAAUACCCUUGAAGGACCUUCAUCUGACUCAAAUACGUCUGAACAAUCGGGUUCGCACGCCGGUAGCGGUGAUGUUCCUAGAGCUCGCGGGGAACCAUUGAAAGAGAAUACAGCCCUCCAGGUUGUUGCUCUUAUUAUAAUGAUGUCUUUGAUGUGGUUUGCCGGCAGGCACUCCACAGACCUCUCACUAGCACUUCGCCGAUUCCGCCAGAAACUCCCAACGCCUUUGCAAAGUGGGCCUACCCGUCAGAUACUAGACAUCAGCCCCAACACCCCAAUGAUCAAGGAGACCUUUACGACAGAAGAAGUUCAACAGCCCAUCGCUCCAGAGUCCGUUCCGGUACAAAUUGAAACCGAAGUUAAGAGCGUUCAAGUUGUCAUCAAAGAAGAAUUACCACCACAACUCGCCGCAGAAAUUGAGAAUGAAGCGACACCUGACGAUUUUGUUGUUGUUCCAGUUCCACAAAUUGUUCCUCCGAACAAGAAAGUUGUAACAUUUGCUGAUUCUAAUGAUGCUGAUGUCAAAGACGAUCAAGAAGGAGGAUCCGACAACGACGAGCCAAACGACGGCGACAAACCCUCAGCGCCAUCCACCCCUAAGAAAAGUAGAAAGCGUGGUGCUCGAGGGAAUCGGAAGAGAAAGAAGAAGAACUCAGAAACCGAAACCGAAGAGAAGAAAUUGAAUGUUAGCGAGCCAGAAGACCUUUCGGGAGGAAAGGCUGGAGGCUCAAUAAUCCGCGGCCCUGAGCUGCUACUUCUCGAUGAAAACGGCAAUGGUCAAGUUGCAGAAGAUCUUUUUGUCACCAACACCGUUCUGGGUUACGGAAGUCAUGGAACUCGCGUUUUCAAAGGAAAGUUUGGCGACAGAGAAGUCGCUGUCAAGCGUCUUUUCAUUGAUUCAUACGAUAUUGCAUCUCACGAAGUCAACCUAUUACAGAAAGUCGAUGACCAUCCCAACGUCAUUAGGUACUUCUGUCAAAAGCAAACGAACUUGUUCCUUUACAUUGCUUUGGAGUUGUGUCCCGCUUCGCUCCAUGACGUGUUCGAGGCUGCCCAGCACAGGCAUAUCCUGGACCUAAUGCACCCCCCUGAAGUUCUAAGGCAAAUGACGAUGGGUGUGCAGCAUUUACAUAGCCUCAAAAUCGUCCACCGCGAUAUCAAGCCACAGAAUAUCCUGGUGGCAGAGCCAAAGCGAAGUCUCCGAGAUCCAUCAGAAAUCAAACACCCGAAGAUUUUGAUUUCCGAUUUCGGACUCUGCAAAAAACUCGAGGCCGACCAGAGCUCUUUCCGAGCGACGACGGCACAUGCUGCAGGUACAUCUGGCUGGCGUGCACCAGAACUUCUGAUAGGUGAAUCCGGUGAUGCAACCAUAUCGAGCCUAUCAGAGCAUACCAACGGAUCCACAUCCGAUUCGUCGGUACUUGAUACUCUGACGAAUAGGAGAGCCACACGAGCCAUCGAUAUCUUUUCGUUGGGAUGUGUCUUCUACUUCGUUCUUACAGGGGGUGGCCAUCCUUUUGGUGAUCGAUACCUUCGUGAAGGAAAUAUCAUCACAGGCAAAUUCAAUCUCUCCGGCUUAGAUGUGUUGGGUGAUUCGGGAUCUGAAGCCAGUGACUUGAUUGCUAGCAUGAUCGCCCGAAACCCCAAAGCAAGACCCGAUGCUACCAAAGUCCUUACGCAUCCAUUUUUCUGGUCGGCGGAGAAGAAGUUAAACUUCCUCCUAGAUGUAUCGGAUCGCUUUGAGAAAGAGGAGAGAGACCCCCCUUCGCCUUUGCUGCAAAAGCUUGAGAGUUACGCGAAGCCCACCUUCAAUGGGGAUUGGUACAAGAAGCUAGAUAAAGGAUUGAUUGACAAUCUCGGAAAGCACAGGAAGUAUCAAGGAGAUAGGAUGCUUGAUCUUCUUAGGGCUUUGCGAAAUAAGAAACAUCAUUAUCAAGACUUACCGCCAGCCGUACAAGCAACUGUUGGCCAACUACCGGACGGCUAUUUGAGUUAUUUCACCUCCAGAUUCCCAGCCCUCCUCGUCAACAUGUUUCAUCUUGUGAGAGACGAAAUUCAAGAUGAAGCGAUGUGGAGAACCUACUUUACUUCCUAA